CUCGCCGUAGUUGCUGUGCUCGGAACUCGGGAGCGGCUGCCAUCUUAGUCGAGGGACUGGAGAGUCGCCGCCGCCCCGAGUCCCGGGAACAUGCAUUUAACAGUGGCCUUCUGGAGACAACGCCUUAACCCAAAGAAGUGACUUGAACAGUCAGAACUUCAGGUUUUCUAUUCUAUUGGUGGUAUGUCUGACAGUGGCUCACAGCUUGGUUCAAUGGGUAGCUUGACCAUGAAAUCACAACUUCAGAUCACUGUCAUUUCAGCAAAACUUAAAGAAAAUAAAAAGAAUUGGUUUGGACCAAGUCCUUAUGUAGAAGUCACAGUGGAUGGACAGUCAAAGAAGACAGAGAAAUGCAACAAUACGAACAGUCCCAAAUGGAAGCAAUCCCUUACAGUUAUUGUCACGCCUGUGAGUAAAUUACAUUUUCGUGUGUGGAGUCACCAGACACUGAAAUCUGAUGCUUUGUUGGGAACUGCUGCCUUAGAUAUCUAUGAAACAUUAAAGUCAAAUAAUAUGAAACUUGAGGAAGUAGUUGUGACUUUACAGCUUGUAGGUGACAAAGAACCAACAGAAACAAUAGGAGACUUGUCAAUUUGUCUUGAUGGAUUGCAAUUAGAGUCUGAAGUUGUUACUAAUGGUGAAACUACGUGUUCAGAAAGCGCUUCACAGAAUGAUGAUGGCUCCAGACCCAAAGAUGAAACAAGAGUGAACACAAGUGGAUCAGAUGACCCUGAGGAUGCAGGGUCUGGUGAAAAUAGGAGGGUCAAUGGGAAUAAUUCUCCAUCACUUUCAAAUGGCGGUUUUAAGCCUUCUAGGCCUCCAAGACCUUCACGACCACCUCCUCCUACCCCACGUAGACCAGCAUCUGUGAAUGGUUCACCAUCUGCCACUUCUGAAAGUGAUGGAUCUAGUACCGGCUCUCUGCCACCAACAAAUACAAAUUCAAAUACAUCUGAGGGAGCAGCGUCUGGAUUGAUAAUUCCUCUUACUAUAUCUGGAGGCUCAGGCCCUAGGCCAUUAAAUCCUGUACCUCAAGCUCCCCUGCCACCUGGUUGGGAGCAAAGAGUGGACCAGCAUGGGCGAGUUUACUAUGUAGACCAUAUUGAGAAAAGAACCACGUGGGAUAGACCGGAACCUCUGCCCCCUGGCUGGGAACGGCGGGUUGACAACAUGGGACGUAUUUAUUAUGUUGACCAUUUCACAAGAACAACAACGUGGCAGAGGCCAACAUUGGAAUCUGUACGGAACUAUGAACAGUGGCAGCUCCAACGUAGUCAGCUUCAAGGAGCAAUGCAGCAAUUUAACCAGAGAUUCAUUUAUGGGAAUCAAGAUUUGUUUGCUACAUCACAAAAUAAAGAAUUUGAUCCUCUUGGUCCCCUGCCACCUGGAUGGGAGAAGAGAACGGACAGCAAUGGUAGAGUGUAUUUUGUCAACCACAACACUCGUAUUACCCAGUGGGAAGACCCCAGAAGUCAAGGACAAUUAAAUGAAAAGCCCUUACCUGAAGGCUGGGAAAUGAGAUUCACAGUGGAUGGAAUUCCGUAUUUUGUGGACCAUAAUAGAAGAACUACCACCUAUAUUGAUCCCCGCACUGGUAAAUCUGCCCUAGACAAUGGACCCCAAAUAGCUUAUGUACGCGACUUCAAGGCAAAGGUUCAGUAUUUCCGGUUCUGGUGUCAGCAAUUGGCCAUGCCACAGCACAUAAAGAUUACAGUGACGCGAAAAACAUUGUUUGAGGAUUCCUUUCAGCAGAUAAUGAGCUUCAGUCCCCAAGACCUGCGAAGACGUUUGUGGGUGAUUUUUCCAGGAGAAGAAGGCUUAGAUUAUGGAGGUGUAGCAAGAGAAUGGUUCUUUCUUUUGUCACAUGAGGUGUUGAACCCAAUGUAUUGCCUGUUUGAAUAUGCAGGAAAGGAUAACUACUGCUUGCAGAUAAACCCCGCUUCUUACAUCAAUCCAGAUCAUCUAAAAUAUUUCCGUUUUAUUGGCAGGUUUAUUGCCAUGGCCUUGUUCCAUGGGAAAUUCAUAGAUACUGGUUUUUCUUUGCCAUUCUAUAAGCGUAUUUUGAACAAACCAGUUGGACUCAAGGAUUUAGAAUCUAUUGAUCCAGAGUUUUACAAUUCUCUCAUUUGGGUUAAAGAAAAUAAUAUUGAAGAAUGCGGUUUGGAAAUGUACUUCUCCGUCGAUAAAGAAAUUUUAGGUGAAAUCAAGAGUCAUGAUUUGAAACCCAAUGGUGGCAACAUUCUUGUAACAGAAGAAAAUAAAGAAGAAUAUAUCAGAAUGGUAGCUGAAUGGAGAUUGUCUCGAGGUGUUGAAGAACAAACACAAGCUUUCUUUGAGGGCUUUAAUGAAAUUCUUCCCCAGCAGUAUUUACAAUACUUUGAUGCAAAGGAGUUAGAGGUUCUUUUAUGUGGAAUGCAAGAGAUUGACUUGAAUGAUUGGCAAAGACAUGCUAUCUACCGUCAUUACACUAGGACAAGCAAACAAAUCAUGUGGUUUUGGCAGUUUGUUAAAGAAAUUGAUAAUGAGAAGAGAAUGAGACUUCUGCAGUUUGUUACUGGAACCUGCCGAUUGCCAGUUGGAGGAUUUGCUGACCUCAUGGGGAGUAAUGGACCACAGAAAUUCUGCAUUGAAAAGGUUGGGAAAGAAAAUUGGUUACCCAGAAGUCAUACCUGUUUCAACCGUCUGGACCUGCCACCCUAUAAGAGCUAUGAGCAACUAAAAGAAAAGCUGUUAUUUGCCAUUGAAGAAACAGAAGGAUUUGGACAAGAGUAAACUUCUGAGAACUUGCACCACUGAAGGACAAGAACUUAUUUGCAAUGUUUUGUCCUUUUCCUUCUCUGCCUGUUGCACAUCUUGUUGUAAAAUUGGACUGUGACUUUUUAGAAAGUUAUCUGAGUGUAAGUAAAUUAAUGUUAUUGAGAUUUAUCUACCAGUGAUUCUGGAUUGCUCCUCAAUGUUUCCAGAAUUCAGAUCUGCAAACGACUAGUCAGAAUCUUACUUAAUAUGAGAUUUAACACAGCAAUGAUAUCUGCCUUGUCUUAUUCCACUAGAUCGUUUCUUUAACAACAAUUUUGUAUGUGUGUGUCAAAAAUCUCACCUGGGAUAAGAUUUUUUUCUUUCAGAGAUUCUGCAGAUAUGCAGAAAACUCCCUUGGUAACUGCAAUAUAUAAGAUCUUCUAUAACUCUUGGUAAGAGGUAUUUGUUUAAAGUGCAAGCUCAUUAGCCCAGUUUCUGAGGACAUGAGCAUACUUCUGGCUUGUGCUCUCCCUCUCAUUUCAGCCUGGCCCGACUGUUGUAAUCCCUUUCUAGAGCAUGAAUUCAUGCAUCAUUUUGAUGUUAUCCCUGGAAAGUGAUGUAAGACUUUUGCAUCUCUCUAUAAAGUAGUUUUUGUUCAUUCGAAUUCAGGGAGAAGUUGGUCCCAGCCUGCAAAUCAUUUCUUACCUCCCUUCAUUUGGAUGUUUGUUUUGCCUUGCAAAUACUAAACUUUACAAAUAAUAUUAACACUGUGCUUCCUUCCUUCACUGUCAUUUUUAAAAUUUUACCUAGAAUUGGAAUUAGCUGAAUUUAUCAAAGGCUGUCAUUGAUAAUUUUUGUAUGUCCCUGUAUAUAAAUUGCUUUAUAAUUUUAUCAUAAUCCAAUAACGUCAGUAAUGUUUAAUUGUUGCUAAGGCGUUCAGGUGGUAACUAGAGUGUUUUCUAGCUCAAAUAGAGGUCAUUUAAACAUCCUCUAAAAAUAUAUUUUCAUUAGGGAGGGAGAGCUGUGGUACUGUCUAAAAAGGAAAUUAUAUAUUUACUAGCAAUACAUUUCUAGUAACCACAGAAAUGUAUUCUCUAUGAAUUAAACGUUUAUCUUCAAAUUUAUCAUUUCUCUGACACAUAAUUGGAGUAGUUCUUUUCUUUACAGUGUCUUGAAUUGGACUGAUAUCCCUUACCUACAAUAUUCUCUUGAAUUUUAUUCCUAAAAUGUUAACAGGUUUAUGCACUUUGAAGUUCUCUGUAGAUAAUUCUUUUAACUUCCCCUAGCUUAGACUCUGUCAAGAUGGCUGCUGUCAGUUUUGACUUUAUGAACAGUGGGAUGAAGCCUAAGCCAGCUGAGUGCCUAUCAUACCUGGACCUUGAGUACAGCCUGGGAACUCGUGAAACAAGGACUUUGUCAGGUUUUAGUAGCAUGAACAAGUAGCAUUGAGCCAAAAAUAAGCAGAGUAGCAAAACCCUUUUCAUAUGGAAAGAAAAUGUUUUUAUUCUUUUGUUUUGUCUCUUUGUCCCUAGCUACUCUUCCUUUUCCAUCCUGGAAAACAAAAACAUUUUUAAACUUAUAUAUAUAUAUCUGUGCUCUAAGACACUGCCAUCAUAAAAAAGACUUAUAUGAGUGAAAGGGUUGCCUCAUCCAGAAAUUGUUAAUGUAAAAGGAGGGAUUAUGUUCUCCUCAGCCCUAUCUUUGUUUUUUUUUUUCAAUCCACAUAUUCCAGGAAAGUAUGUGGAAAUGUAUGGUCUAUAAAAGUCCUAGCUGUUUUCAAAGUUAGGGACUCUGCCUUUUUGGUGGCAGGAGAGGAAAAAUGCUACUACUUCUGUCUUUCAGAGCAAAUGUCUGCCAACUACCCGUUCACUAUAUAACUCUGAACUUUGGUAAUAUAUCUGGCUGUGGAGAUUAAGCCUUCUAUACAGACUUCCUAUUGAGGUGAAUUCUCACUGAAAUGUAGUUACCUACAAUGUUUACUAGAGAUUUAUGGAAUUAAAUUAAGAGAUAAUGUAAGAAAGUAGACUUUUUUUGUUCUACAUAAUGCUUGAUGAUUCAUUUAGGGACCUAGAAAUAUUGUGUGAAAAUGUAUAAAUAUCACCCAAAGGCUUUCUGCCCUAUAUUUUUAAAAUACAGAAUAGUUAUAUUUGAAGUAGCUCUGGCCCUAGUUCUAUAGGGCUUGGCUAUUUAAUAUUUUUAUGGAAGAAACAUUUAGUUCUGGAAAAGGUAAAUGCUUGUAUAUAUUUUUGCAGCCUGGGAUCUCCCUUACUCCAUUUCUUCCUUUAAUUUAAGUGGCCACAUGUAUAUGUCUUCCCUGCUGUGUUAGGAAAAUGGGGGCUGGAUAUCCCAAGAAUCAGAGGUUAUAUAAAAAUAACUGCAGCUAGACAGCAGACAUAAAUAUCUACCAAAUGCUAUCUUAAAUUUUGUUCCAAACUGAACAUUUGGAAAUAGAUUUAUUGUAAGUGUUUAAUUAGAACAAUUUCUUAAAUCUGAACUAAAUUGCUUUUAGAGUCCUUAUUCUUUGUAAGCAUUGUAAAUGCUAAUAAGUCCUGUUAAUUUUUUUACUGCAUGUUAUGUUGAAAUAAAAACAAAGUAAAUGAGCAAUUGCCUUAUUCUUCUGCUCUUUUGGGAGGUUGGGGAAAGCAGCAUUUCACAGCCUGGGUCAGGAGAGAAGGACCACAUUUAUUUCAUCAAAUAGAGUGCUUUAAAACUGAUCCAGCAACUCAUAAUAAUAAUUACUCUGUCUUUUAUGAUCUUAUAUGUGAUUGCAGAAGAAUCUAAUUUCUUAAGACUUACAAUAACUCUAUUUGAAAUUCAGGUACUAAUUUUUCAUCAAGAGAUUGACAUACCAAUUUCAAUUCAUCAGAAAUUUUAAUGAAACAUGACUCACCUGCCCACAAAGAUCCUAAACGAACUUUUUCAGUCAAGCCCACGCUGCCACUUUCUAUUUAUCUGGUUAUAAUCUGAAAUGUUAUCAGAAGUGACUCACAGAAUUAGACUUCUCCAGCUACUUCUAUUUAGUAUUGUUGGUAUCUCCAGCCCCCCCACCCCCAAUUUGUUUUCCUUUUAGAUUUAUUUACAAAAGUAUUUGUAUAUAUGCUAUGCUUUCAUUAACUAAAAACAGGGAAUGGCAGCACUGGAUUGUAUAUGACUGUAUCGGAGUUCCUUUGUUUUCUUGAACUGUAAUUUCAAAUACUCAGGUAACUCUACAAAUAAUCACAGGGAGUCAAGUGCUCUUAUAAAGGUCCUUCAGGGGGCUGCCUCACUUGAAUUUCCAUAAAAGAUGUAAGACUGUUUAUAAUUAAACUUUUUUGGUCCUUCAUUUGCACACUUUUCUGUUAGUUU